AUGCGUGAGAUUGUGCACUUGCAGACCGGCCAGUGUGGUAACCAGGUCGGAACGAAGUUCUGGGAGGUGCUCUCGGAUGAGCACGGCCUCGAUGGCAGUGGAAACUACGUCGGCACGUCGCCGCUGCAGCUCGAGCGGAUCAACGUGUACUAUAACGAGGCGGCGGACAACAAGUACGUGCCGCGCGCCGUGCUCGUGGACCUCGAGCCGGGCACGAUGGACUCGAUCCGCUCGAGUGCGCUCGGCAACAUGUUCCGCCCGGACAACUUUGUGUUUGGCCAGAGCGGUGCCGGCAACAACUGGGCCAAGGGCCACUACACAGAGGGCGCCGAGCUCGUCGACUCGGUCAUGGACGUCGUGCGCAAGGAGGCCGAGAACUGCGACAUGCUGCAGGGCUUCCAGAUCACGCACUCGCUCGGCGGUGGUACGGGUGCCGGUAUGGGCACGCUCCUCAUCUCCAAGAUCCGCGAAGAGUACCCCGACCGCAUGAUGGCCACCUUCAGUGUGAUGCCGUCGCCGAAGGUGUCGGACACGGUCGUCGAGCCGUACAACGCGACGCUGUCCGUGCACCAGCUCGUCGAGAACUCCGACGAGACGUUCUGUAUCGAUAACGAGGCGCUCUACGAUAUCUGCUUCCGCACGCUCAAGCUCAAGACGCCCAACUACGACGACCUCAACCAGCUCGUGUCGCUCGUCAUGUCGGGCAUCACGACGUGCCUGCGCUUCCCCGGCCAGCUCAACUCGGACCUGCGCAAGCUCGCGGUCAACAUGGUGCCGUUCCCGCGCCUGCACUUCUUCAUGGUCGGCUUCGCGCCCCUCACCGCCCAGGGCAGCCAGCAGUACCGCGCCGCGACCGUGUCGGAGCUCACGUCACAGAUGUUUGAUGCGAAGAACAUGAUGGCCGCAUCAGACCCGCGCAUGGGCCGCUACCUGACCGUCGCUGCCUACUUCCGCGGCAAGCUCUCGAUGAAGGAGGUCGAGGACCAGAUGCAGGCCGUGCAGAUGAAAAACUCGUCGUACUUUGUCGAGUGGAUCCCGAACAACGUGCAGACCGCGCACUGCGACAUUGCGCCCCGCGACCUCAAGAUGUCCGUCACAUUCAUCGGCAACAACACCGCCAUCCAGGAACUCUUCAAGCGCGUGUCCGCGCAGUUCCAGGCCAUGUUCCGCCGCAAGGCCUUCUUGCACUGGUACACGGGCGAGGGCAUGGACGAAAUGGAGUUCACCGAGGCCGAGUCCAACCUCGCCGACCUCAUCAGCGAAUACCAGCAGUACCAGGAGGCCACCGCCGACGACGACCUCGAGGAGUACGACGGCUACGACGGCGAGGAGUACGAGGAAGACAUGUAG